AUGUCAGAGGAUUUUCUAAGGUGUUCAGAUUUGACUCCAAGAAAGGUCAGGAAAAAGGUACUGCAACAAAUAAGUGGUUUUCUUGAAUUAAUGGGAAAAAGCAUAGCUUCAUUUGGAUUGGUUCCGAAUGAUCUAUCAUCCUUUGAUGUUGAGAAUCAAACAAGGGAAUUGUUAGCUGAAAGAAGCAUAACAAUUCGUGAAGAAGAUUUGAAUGCAAUUUCUUUGCUUAAUGAAAAACAAAGGCAUGCAUUUGAGAUCAUAUCUCACCGCAUAUAUGAGAACAAAAAUGGGACCUUUUUUUUAGAUGGCCCUGAAGGCACUAGAAAAUCAUUUCUCUAUAGAGCGCUGCUAGCUGAUAUAAGGUCUAAAGGGUAUUUAGCACUAGCAACAGCCACUUCAGGAAUUGCUACUUCUAUACUACCAGGAGGUAGGACUGCUCAUUCACGAUUUAAAAUCCCAAUUGAUCUUUCAAAAGGCAGAGCAUGUAGAGUUAGCAAACAAAGUAGCUUGGCAGCAAUGAUUAGAUAA